AUGGGGGUUAUUGAGUUGCUCCUGUCCAAUGUCAAAGUCGUUGCAUUGGGCGUGACUUUUCUGUCGUUCGCGUACGUCCUCGGAGUUGUCAUAUACAACCUAUACUUCCAUCCACUUGCUAAGUAUCCCGGUCCAUUCCUCGCCAAGAUCUCUCCAAUUUAUAGUAUUUGGGGUCUCUUCCGUGGUAGAUGGCCUUUUGACGUCCACCAACUCCAUUUGAAAUAUGGCCCUAUCCUCCGGACCAUGCCGAAUGAACUCACAUUCACAGAUCCCCAAGCAUGGAAAGACAUAUAUGGCCAUCGCCAAGGUCAUCCUCAAUUUCACAAGGACCGUAACGUUGGGUCCGUCCAGGACAUCCCCGGCUCGACCACCUUGACCAUGGCUGAUGAUGCCAAUCACUCCCGUCAGCGACGCACCCUAUCUCAUGCAUUCAGCCAGAAAGCUCUGCUCGAGCAGGAGAGUAUCAUCAGAGGCUACGUCGACCUCCUCAUCCAAAAGCUCCGGCCUUUUGCGCAGACUGGCCAACCUCUCAACAUGUGCGACUGGUUUAACUUCACUACGUUUGACAUCAUUGGUGACAUGGCCUUUGGAGAACCCUUUGGCUGCCUCAAGGAUGGAGUUUUCCACUCCUGGGUGUCUCUCAUCACGCAGACAAUCAAGGCAGGCGCCUAUGAGCAAGCUACUCGUCGCAUGUUCAAGUCAGGGGGGUUCAUGCAGAAGUUCCUGUGCAAGUUCAUCCCGAGCGACCUGCGGGAGAAGCGAUAUCGUCAUCUCGAGCUGAGUCGCGAGAAGUGUCUUAAGCGAAUCGAUGAAGGCCUUCGCCGAGAGCAUCGUGACUUCUUGUACUACAUUCUCCGGCAGAACGAAAAAGGAGGCGUGUCUCAAGAUGAAAUCAUCCUCAACUCUGCUCUGUUCAUCGUUGCCGGCUCCGAAACAACCGCAUCUCUACUCUCCGGCCUUCUCAUGUGGCUUCUGCGAACUCCCAGUGCCUACAAGCGGCUGGCCGAUGAGAUCCGAACUGCCUUCCCCACUGCCUCCGACAUGCAUUUCACAGACCUCCAGAACCUCCCCUUCAUGAAUGCAUGUAUCGACGAGGGACUCCGCAUCUUCCCAUCGGUACCGACAGGUCUAACGAGAACUGUUCCCGCAGGCGGGGACACGGUUGCCGGUGAAUACCUCCCUGGCGGCAUCACUGUUUCGUGCCACAGCUGGGCAGCAACACAUUCGCCCCACAACUUCUACCGACCGGACGAGUUUAUUCCUGAGCGCUGGCUUGAGCCGGAUGGCGUGGCCUACGCAGGCGAGAACAAGGACGCGAGCCAGCCCUUCUCUCUCGGCCCACGUGGUUGCAUUGGCAAGCACCUGAGCUACCUGGAGCUCAGGCUCAUCCUUGGCAGCCUGUUCCUGCAUUAUGACAUCGCAAGGGCCGACCUUGAUGACCCAAGCACUGAGGAUAUUUGGGACCCUUCUGGGGAUUUGCGGCAUGUCAAAGCCUUCAAUACCUGGAACAAGCCCCCCUUGAUGUGUAGAUUGAGACCCGCAAGGCGAUAA